AUGUCCGUGCGCAUUCCUUCCCAUGCAUACCAACAGUUCCUUGCUGCAGCACAGGGUGAUCCGUCGUUGGUUCACCUGGACACCGCCGCUGAGAGCGCCGAUAUAGCAGUGCAUGCUGCCAGUGUAUGGCGCGGAAUGCACGAUGCAGAGCGCAUGGCCUAUGCCGCAACGCCAUCCCACCUGAAAAGACCUCGCCCACAGCCUAAGCGCCGCUUUGCCACGAGUAUUAGCGACGAUGAGGCGGAGUACAACGCACAAUGUGCCGCACACGCAGACGCAGUCGUGCAGCAGGGCGAUUUGCCGCCGCUGCGUGUGGAUAUAGGUACCACCACGAUGGAGUCCAUUGCAGUGAACAACUGGAAGAGUGGGCGUGCAAGCAGCCGCACGUUUGAGCUGGAGCGUGUGCGCGCGCGGCAGCUAAAAAAGCGGCGGCUGGACGGCGAGGCGGCCAAAGUCGAAGGGAAGGAUGCACAGAUCAAAGAGUCGGGAACACCGGCACCGCUGGAGGACGAGGCACACGAUGCGCCGCCCGAUCCUGAAAGUGCUUUUCAGGAGAAUCGCUUUGCGGUUCAAACGCGCAUUGUGGACGGUAAGAUUGUGCUGGACGAGCAGUCUUUGUACGCCAACUACCGGGACGAAGAGCAGCAAGAGCGCGAGCUGCGCACUUGGGAGGUGGUCGAUGAGCGCGAAGGCGAUCAAUUCGUGAACAGUGCAAGCCGCAGCAAGCAGCGCCGUACACAGCGUUGGUCCGCAGAAGAGACGGAGCGCUUCUUUUUGGCCGUGUCCCAGUGGGGCACGGACUUUGAGAUGAUCACACGGCUCUUUCCGCACCGCACGCGCCGCGAAAUCAAGUCCAAGUGGACGAAAGAGUCGCGCCAGAAUGCGAAGCGCCUCGAUGACGCAUUCGUGCGCCGCAUCGCCGUAGACCUGACUGCGUACGGGAAUGCUGCUGGCGUGGAUCUAAGUGGGCCGCCGCCGGUAAUCACACCCAAAGCGCCCGACACACCAAGCAAGCCAGACGCAGCCACGGACAAGACAGGUGCAGCCGCUGUACAUUCCUAA